CCCACCUGAUGGGAUUUUGGAAGCAAAUAGAGCCAGCCACCCUCAACAUUGUACGGGUUACAAGAGCUCAGACUGCAGUGAAGACUGAACAAGUCCCUCACUCUGCAAGUGCAACGGUUCUUCAACCAAUUGAUGAGUUCUUCCUGUUCAUGAACUACCUGUCAUUGGGACUCAUGCAAAAGGAUUUGGCCCAUAGAUUUAGAAUACACCGGUCAACUGUUAGUCGCAUUGUUAACACCUGGGCCAACUUUCUUUAUACUGUAUUAGGAGCUGUAGAUAUUUGGCUAGAUGGGGACACUGUGAAAACUCACCUUCCAGAGGUGUUUCAGGAAUACGCUGACACUCAAGUAAUUUUAGAUUGCACAGAACUGAGAUGUCAGACCCCAAAUUCCCUUCUCCUCCAGAGCGAGGUGUUUUCCACUUAUAAAUCACACUGUACAUUUAAAGGGUUGAUUGGAAUAGCCCCUCAUGGUGCAGUGACCUUUGUAUCUUCUCUUUAUCAAGGUGCCAUCAGUGAUAAGGAGAUCUUAAAGCAGUCUGGCAUUGUGCCCCUCUUUGACCCAUCUAUGGCCAUUAUGGUAGACAAGGGUUUCCUUGUUGAAGACUGCGUACCAUGCAGAGUGCACAUGCCCACUUUUUUGGCAAAGAGAGCUCAACUGUCUAGGUCUGAGAUCAGACAGACCCAGUCCAUUGCAAGACUGAGAGUCCAUGUUGAGCGUGUGAUCCGCAGGGUCAAAGAACAUAAAAUAUUCAGCACAGUGAUCCCCCUUUCAAUCACAUGCAGCAUAAACCAACUUUUUGCUGUUGCCUGCCUUUUGGUGAAUUAUCAAAAUGGUCCCUUGGUGAAAGCUUGGGCAAGCAAUUGCUAAUCUCAAUACAGAUCAUACAUAUGAUAAUGUAAUGUGAAUGUACAGGGCCAUCUCAAAAAAUUACAAUAUCUUUGAAAAGUUACUUUAUUUCAGCAAUUCAGUUAAAAUGUUGAACUCAUAUUAUAUAGAUGUAUUACACACAGAGUGAUCUAUUUUAA